AUGGCCACUAAUAUACCAAGAACUUUAAAAAGUGCUUAGCAAUUAUUAAGGCAAGGUUAAAUCAGAGUUUCAGACAUUAUUGAUCAAGCCUACAGCAAUAUCUAAUCCAAGUCACAUUUGAAUGCUUUCGUAAAUGUAUAAGAUAAGCAAAAGCAUGCAUAAUAAAUUGAAGAGUCUCAAAAAAGGUAUUCUGAGGGGAAAUAACUCUCAGAUAUUGAUGGUUUGCCGAUCGCUAUCAAGCAUACAUUUAUUUUCUAAGGUUUCACUCCUAACAUUGAUGCAACAGUUAUUAGGAAGUUAAAGCAAAAUGGAGCAAUUAUAGUAGGCAAAACUAAUAUGGAUGAGUUUGGAAUGGGAUCAUUAGGCAUGUAUGGUUAUAAUGAUAAAAAGAUCACUAGAAAUCCAAUCGAUGAGGAAUAUAUAGCUGGAGGCAGUUCAAGCGGAAGUGCUGUAGCUACUAAAUCUGGAUACUCUUUGGGGACCGAUACUGGUGGCUCUGUAAGUUAUCCUGCCCAUUGUUGUGGACUUUAUUCAAUGAAGCCAUCUUAUGGAAGAUUAUCUCGAUUUGGAUAGAUUCUCUAUUCAUCAUCCAACGAUGUAAUAGGACCUAUGACAAAUUCAUCUGAUGAUUUAGAAAGCUUGUUUGAUAUCAUGUAAGGAGAAGACUCAAAUGACUCAAACUGCAUAAACUUUUCCAAUAUUUCUAAAAUUAGACAUUAGGAUAGACUAACCAAGAAUCCAGAAAACAUUAGCUUACAGAAUUUGAGAGUAGGAAUUGUUUAGGAAUUUGAUAUUGCUGAACUUGAUAAUAGAAAUAGAACCAUAUAGGAUAAUUUAAAAAGUAUCCUCAAAGAUUAAGGGGCUUAGCUAAUAAAUGUGCAAAUUCCGCUUAUCAAAUAUGCUCUUCCAUUUUAUUUCACAUUGGUACCUGCAGAAGCUUCCUCAAAUCUUUCAAGGUAUGAUGGAAUAAAGUAUGGAUACUAGAUACCAAUAGGAUCUCAAGCAAACACAAGUGCCAAAUAAGAUUUAUUUGAUUACAUAGAAAGAGUAAGGAGUGAGGCUUUUGGAAUAAAUGUGAAGAGAAGAGUACUUUUAGGAAACUUUUUAUUGUCAUCCAGAUUUGAAGAUUAUAAUGAAAAAGUCAUUGAGUCAUAGAGAGUCAGAAGAUUGCUAAUAUAGCAGUAUUGCAAGGUAAUGGAGGAAAAUCAACUUGAUAUUAUUAUUUCCCCAGUAUCGAUAGGUAUUGAGCCUCCUAAGAUAAAUGAUAUUUUGAAUGAUAAUAAAGGUGCUUAGAAAAAUCCAGUAUUUGAAUAUAAGAUGGACUACUUCACAGCUCUUCCAAACUGCUUGGGCAUUCCUGCUAUUACAAUGCCUGUACAAGAAUGCAAAACUUACAAAUUUCCUUCAAGUUUUAUGAUUUAGGGAUAUUUUGGAGAGGAUUAUCAUUUAUUGAAGAUUGCUAAGGAACUUGACAGUCUACUUAGAAUAAACAAACUUAAUGUUGAGAUAUGA